AUUAAAGGUGGGGUGAGUGACUCUGGAGAAAGAGAGUUGUUUCACUCCUCUCAGUCCUUCUAUAAAGAGGCGACGUUACAGACACACUUUACUUCUUCACUGCAGCAGAAGUUCAGCUCUUCUCACCAUCACCAACUAUGGCCUGCAACAUUUCCAAAACUGACAUCCUGUCAGGACCGAUCAGAUACAAUAAUGAGGAGCUCAGGAUAGUGAUCGUGGGGAAGACUGGAGUUGGGAAGAGCGCCACAGGAAACACCAUUCUGGGAAAAAAGUACUUUAAAUCAGAGUUCUCCUUCAUAUCUUUGACUUCGCACUGUGCCAAGGCCAUUGGUGAGGUAGAUGGGAAAACAGUUGCUGUCAUCGACACUCCAGGUCUGUUUGACACCAAGAUUGAUGAAAAGGAUACCCUUAAAAAUGUUGUCCAGAGCAUUUCUUUUGCUUCUCCUGGACCCCAUAUCUUCCUGGUCAUCAUCAGACUGGGCAGAUACACAGAGGAAGAAAAGAAGACAGUGCAGAAGAUCCGGAACAUCUUUGGAGAUGAAGCAUACAGAUACAGCAUGGUUCUCUUCACCCACGGCAACGUGCUCAAAGGAGAACCUAUUGAGAAGUUCUUGAAGGACAGCGAAGAACUGCAGGAACUUGUGGCUAAUUGUAACGGCCAGUAUCACGUCUUCAAUAAUGAGCUGGAAGAUCGUUCUCAGGUCAGGGAGCUGCUGGACAAGAUCAGAAAUAUAACAGAGAAGAACGGAGGAAACCACUACACCACCGAAAUGUUCCAAGCAGCAGAGAAGGCGAUCGAAGAGGAAAAACAACGAAUCCUGAGAGAGAAAGAAGAGCAAAUGCUCAAAGAGCAGGAGGCCCUGAAGAGGAAAAUCGAGGAAAAGUAUGAGCAAGAAAUGAGGAAAGUGAAGGACGACAUGGAGAAGAAUAACAAGCUAAGGGAGGCUCGUGAAAGAGAAAUUACAGAGAAAAUGACAGAAUCGCAGAAAGCGCAUGAAAAGAAGGCUAGAGCGACAGCGGAGAGGAGUGAUGUAAUACUUCAGCUGAUUAAGGGCUUUCUUGAAAAAGUGGCAGAAAGAUUGGUGGACAAAGCUGUUUCCAUGCUGGGGCUGGCGUAAAACAGCUGGUUUGUAUAAGAAAUUCUGGCUUUCUGAUUCUGGAUGUGAUCACAGAUGUGAUCUGUAAUAAUAAGAGUUGGUUCAUGGGUGUCAAUUAGUGUACAAGUUGACCAUUAAAUGUUUAAAAGUGUCAUGGAAAUGUUUGAGUGAAUGUAAUGGAAAAGUUCAGUAUAACUGUAUGUGCUCAGUGAGAAUUCUUUACUUCUGUUUCUCGUGUUGUGAAAAGCCUGGUUCCUGUUUAGUCUUUGCUGACACAGAGUGCCAGUCAAGAUAACAGCUUAUCUUGAGCAACAGAGUGGGUGAGAGCCUCAACUUCUCUCCUCACACUCUGUGCCAGCACAAGAGACAUAAAAUGUCUUCUUGACCAAACAUGGUAGUGUGCCUUAUAUCAUUUCUUGUUUCUGUCUUUCCUGAAUAAAAGAGAGGUGUAGCCCUGAGAGGGUAGAUUCUCAGCGGCGAUUCACCCGAGUGUGUCUUCUCCCUUGCCCGUGCCACAGCCACAGUUAUUGUCCGUAAGCUCUUGUUUCCUCUUCGAGAGUGUUUUUUGUUUGUAAUUUUGAUAAGAUAGUUUUUGUUUAAUUUUCUCUAUCUAGUUCUUAGCUGAAUUGUUUUCCUCAUUAUUGAGUGAUUUUCUGUUGUAUUGGUUUUGUUUCUUAGUUUCUAGUUCCUCCAUUAUUUAGGAGUGUAUUUUGAGUUUAUUGUUUUCCUUACCUAGUCUCGUUUAGUCAGUUCCGUUUUCAUAGCCUUUUGAGUUUUCCUCCUUCGGGAGCACCCCGUAUAGGAAAUUCUGACUUUCUGAUUCUGGACUGCAGCAGAUUUCUGAAAGUGUUGUAUCUUGUAAACGUUCACAGUCAAUCACAGAUGUGAUCUGUAAUAAUAAGAGUUGGUUCAUGGGUGUUAAUUAGUGUACAAGUUGGCCACUAAAUGUUUAAGAGAGAUUAUAUAAUAAAUCUGAAAAGGCUUCA